UAAGGCAUAAAAAAUCAUGCUCUAUAAUUGCUACAAUAACAAGUCGCGGUAUUUGGUGCCUCGGAACAGGAUGGUUCACUAGAGAAGAAGGAAGAACCAGAUGCGCGAUCGAGAACUCUUGAUUUUAGCGUGUGUCGUCCCGUUUUGGUGAAGUUACAGAUAUAUUAUACAGAACAUGUGUCAGGCCUUGGCCAGCGGAGAUUACGUGCCCACGAAUGGACUCCCGGUUGGAAUCGAAAGCUGGGAGAACAAGCUCUUUGUGUCGAUCCCAAGAUGGAAGGACGGUAUCCCGUCCACCCUGAACUACAUCGACAUGAAUCAGACCCCGUCCGGGUCGCCACCACUGAUUCCGUACCCAAGCUGGGCCAACAACGUGGCCGGAGACUGUCAGAAUGGCCUGUCGACCGUGUACCGUAUCAAGGCAGACAAGUGCGGACGCCUCUGGGUUCUGGACACCAGUACCGUCGGAAUCGGAAACACCACCCAGCAGCUUUGCCCGUACGCGUUGAAUAUCUUUGACCUCAAGACCAACACCCGUCUGCGUCGGUAUGAACCGCGUGCUGAAGACACCAACCAGAACACCUUCAUCGCCAACAUUGCCAUCGACAUGGGACGCAGCUGCGAGGACACCUUUGCCUACAUGCCCAAUGAACUGGACUACGGACUGAUUGCCUACUCUUUCGAGAAGUCCUGGCGGUUCGAGCAUAGCUUCUUCUUCUCAGAUCCUCUGCGCGGAGAUUUUAACGUCGCCGGUCUGAACUUCCAAUGGGGUGAGGAAGGUAUCUUCGGAAUGCCACUGUCCCCACUGCAAUCCGACGUCUUCCGCACCAUGUACUUCUCCCCAUUGGCCAGUCACCGUGAAUUUAUGGUCUCCACACAGGUCCUGCGCGACGAAGAAGGUGCUGGAAAGAGCUUCCACAAAUUCACCAACUUGAAGGAACGAGGACCCAACACAACAUCCCGAGUCAUGAGCGAAACCGAGAAGCUGUUCAACUUAAUUGACCAAAUCGCCGUCGGAUUCUGGCAUUCGUCGCUGCCUUACAGCCCCGAAAACCAUGGAAUCAUCGACCAUGAUGAUGUGGAACUGGUCUUCCCCGCUGACGUCAAGAUCGAUGCCGAAGAGAACAUGUGGGUAAUCUCCGUCCGUAUGCCGGUGUUCCUCAUCGCCGAGCUGGACUACAGUGAUGUCAACUUCCACAUCUUCAGCGCUCCUUUCUUUAUUAUUCACGGUGUCUCUGGUGCCAUCCAGUCUAAAUUCGGUGGAUCCGAUCUGGACACCUAUCCAGGCAUCACUCUUCUCCCAGUCGGGUACACCCAACCCAUCAGCUAUACCCCGUCCUCGUACGCCCCAACCGUUGCACCUGUCACCAAGUACACAGCCGCUCCAGCGUACGACCAUCCCACAUCCCACAUGUACACGACCCAGGAAUAUCCGACGACCGUCAAGGCGUACCACUUCAACAAGUACCACAACGUAGAGUACCAAUCGCAUGGAAAUGGUCAAGUAGACUACCACUUCGGACACGGUGGACACUACCACGAUCACGACCACGCCCAUGACUACGGUCACGAUCACGGAUACUACGGCGAUGGCCAACGCCGACACUGGGGAGCAGGCGCCAAGAAGCCCGAAGCCUGGAAGCAGCUGUACUAG